AGAAAGGAACUCAAUAAUGGAUGUUGCUUCGAGUCAGAUUGAUGCUAACCAUGUCAAGGACGACGUGGCGGAGAAGGCCCAGAAGCGGUUCCAGGAUUUUCUUGAAGAGUGGAAGGCGGAGGGUAGUGAUGAAUUGAAGUACUUGAACGAUGCCAGGGAGCUUAAUGAGCAUAUCAGGAAUACUAUACAGGUAUCGAUGAAGGAUAUUGAGCGUCAUAACAGUAAUUUGGCGGAUCUUAUCCAGAACCAUUACUACCGUCUUUAUCCUUACCUUUGCCUCGCAGUCAAGAACUUUAUGAAGGAUCAGGGGGAAGUGAUGGAGAAGGAGAAGCAGUUGUACGUCAGCUUCACCGACCACGACGUGUUGACCAAGAUCAGGGACCUCAACGCCACCAGAAUCAGUCAGCUCACCAAGAUCACGGGACAGGUUGUUCGAACCCAUCCUGUUCAUCCAGAGUUAGUUUCUGGUACCUUCCAGUGCCUGGACUGCCAAACCGAGAUCACAGGUAUUGAGCAGCAGUUCAAAUAUACUCAACCAACAACCUGCAGGAAUCCAGUUUGUAACAACAGAGCUCGUUUUCUCCUCCUCACGGAGAAAUCAAGAUUCGUGGAUUUUCAGAAGGUUCGAAUCCAGGAGGUUCAAAGUGAACUUCCUCGAGGCUGUAUCCCCCGUAGUGUCGAGGUUAUCCUUAGAGCUGAGGCUGUAGAGACUGCUCAAGCAGGAGACAGGUGUGAGUUCACCGGAACUCUGAUUGUUGUCCCUGAUGUUGGAGCUCUAAACCUACCUGGAGCUGCUUCUGAGAGCUCUGCUCGGCACCGAGGAGAAGGAGAUAAAGCUGAAGGGUUGAGGGGACUGAAAGCUCUCGGAGUUAGAGAUCUAAACUACAGAAUGGCUUUCCUAGCCUGCGGUGUUUCUUCAGAAGGAAAGAACCGACUUGGUAGUGAGGAGCAAGGAGCUGAGACAGCUGAGGAUAUAAAGAAGAGUAUGAGUAAUGAAGAGUGGGAAACUGUUUACACGAUGUCUAAGGAUAAGAAUCUUUAUCAUAAUCUUAUACAGAGCAUGUUCCCGACUAUACACGGUAAUGACGAAGUGAAGCGUGGUAUUAUGCUCAUGCUGUUCGGUGGAGUUCCUAAGAGUACGCUGGAAGGAACAACCCUUAGAGGAGACUUGAACGUAUGUAUUGUCGGUGACCCAUCUACUUCUAAAUCCCAGUUUCUCAAGAUGGUUGCGGAUUUUUCUCCAAGAGCUGUUUAUACCAGCGGGAAGGCCAGUUCCGCUGCAGGUUUAACCGCUGCUGUGGUUCGAGAUGAAGAAUCUGGUGAGUUUGUUAUUGAAGCUGGAGCUCUUAUGCUCGCUGAUAACGGAGUGUGUUGUAUUGACGAGUUCGACAAGAUGGAGAUCCACGACCAGGUCGCCAUUCACGAGGCCAUGGAACAGCAGACUAUCACCAUAACUAAGGCCGGAGUAAAAGCAACGUUAAAUGCUAGAACCAGUAUUCUAGCCGCAGCUAAUCCUAUCAAUGGACGAUACGAGCGCUCUAAAUCCUUGAUGCAGAAUAUCCAGAUGACAGCUCCCAUUAUGUCGAGAUUCGAUCUCUUCUUUAUCCUUGUGGACGAGUGCAACGAGGUGACGGAUUACGCGAUUGCUCGGAAGAUUGUUGAUCUGCACAGGGACCAGGACCAGAGCAUUGAAAGGGUCUACACGGAGUCAGAUAUUGCCAGAUAUAUCAAUUUUGCCAGAGUUUUUAAACCGAAAAUCAGUCAGGACUCCCAGGAACUACUGGUCCAGCAGUACAAAAACCUUAGGAACAGGGAUGCUGGAACAUCAAGAUCAAGUUGGAGGAUUACAGUUCGUCAGCUGGAGAGUAUGAUCAGGUUGAGCGAGGCCCAGGCGAGGAUGCAUUGUAGUGAGGAGGUCACUCCUAGGCACGUCAGAGAAGCUUACAGGUUACUGAACAAAUCAAUCAUCCGUGUUGAACAACCCGAUGUAGCCCUGGACGACGAGGAUGAUAACGAUGCUCUCGAGGACGAUGUUGCCGAGGAGGCUGAGGAGCCCAUGGACCAGGACGGAGACCAGGAGACCAGGAAGAAGAGAAUCAGCUACGAGGAGUACAAGAGGAUGUCCUUCCUUAUCAUUCAACAUAUUCGAGAGAGGGAGGAGCAGAGUGAAGCAGGAUCUGAGACUCCAGAAUCCGCGUCUACCAAGUCUGAGGUUGUAAACUGGUAUCUGGAGGAGAUCUCCGGAGAUAUUGAGUCUCAAGAGGAACUUUUAGAAAAGAAGUUGGUGGUGGAGAAGGUUUUGGAUCGACUCAUCUACCAUGAUCUUGUCAUCAUUCCACUCAAGAACAGAUCGUUGACGGGAGUUACAGAAAAUGAUUCAGAAGAAGAUCCCUUCCUUGUAAUCCAUCCCAACUAUGAUCCAAACCAGGCUUAAGUGCUCUCUGAUCCCUUUCUUGUAAUCCAUCCCAACUAUGAUCCCAACCAGGCUUAAGUGCUCUCUGAUCCCUUUCUUGUAAUCCAUCCCAACUAUGAUCCCAACCAGGCUUAAGUGCUCUCUGAUCCCUUCCAUGUAAUCCAUCCCAACUAUGAUCCCAACCAGGCUUAAGUGCUCUCUGAUCCCUUUCUUGUAAUCCAUCCCAACUAUGAUCCCCACCAGGCUUAAGUGCUCUCUGAUCCCUUCCUUGUAAUCUAUCUCAACUAUGAUCCCUACCAGUUCAAAACCUAUCCUGAAAUGUUGCCGAGCAAAGAAUUGUGAAUGUGAUAAACUUGACGUAUUUGGAUCCCUGAUAAACAAUAAUUUUACAAUUUUAUUGAAUUCUUAACCUUCUCAUCUUACUUCGUUUAUUUUUACGAAAAUAUAUAUUUUUUAUGCAUAA